UGCCAAAGCUCUUCAAUUGCUUGGACCAAGACAUCUGCAAAUUUGAAAGAAUUAAAUUUCAAACAAGAAGGACUUCAAUAAUUCUGCCAAGGAUGAACUGUAGGGUUCUUUUGGUAGUGGUCUUCUGCUUAACAGCCACAGGCUCACACACAAACCAACCACAAGGCUCCAUUCCUUCACGCUACAAGACUCAUGGCAACACAUCCAGCCGCCAGGCUCUUCACAACAAACAGGCCCUUCUGGCCUCUAGUCAGGAGGCACUAGUGGUGACUGAGCGCAAGUACUUGAGAAAUGACUGGUGUAAGACUCAGUCCCUACGGCAGAUUGUGAGCGAGGAGGGCUGUUUGAGCCGCACUGUGAUCAAUCGUUUUUGCUACGGCCAAUGCAACUCUUUUUACAUCCCGCAUAUGAAGGACCAGGAAUCUUUCCAGAGCUGUGCUUUUUGCCAGCCACAGAAGUUCACCAUGCUCACAGUUGAAUUGGACUGCCCUGAACUGCAGCCAACCUUCCGUCAUCGGAGGAUUCAGCGGGUCAAACAGUGCAGAUGUAUCUCCAACAGCCCAGCCAAGUCCAGUGAGUGGUGAAGAGCAUUUAUUAUGAUACCCAAAAGACAGUGAUGAACUAAAUCUCUGAUUAGCCAAUGUAGGCUACAACA